AACAGUAAAACAUUGUUUGUAUUAACAUUUGAUUAACAAUUCAGUUAUAAUUCAAACAGUUUUAAGUAUUUAGUGAUAAACUGUUGAACAAAAUUGUAUUAAAAUAAUUAGCAUUAAGUGUGCGAAGAAGUGGAAGAAGUGAGAAGACAAUGGAAAGCGAAUACGUGGUAGUAUUGGAUCCAAACAAAGACAUGGACCACGAGUUUGAAGCAGAGGUGGGCCACAGAGCGGCCAAAGAGUUUGCUUUUAAGUUGGAUUGGUUUCAAAUGCAAGCGAUUAUACAUCUGGAGAGACAUUCAAAUGUGUUGGUGUCGGCGCACACCUCCGCCGGCAAGACUGUGGUCGCCGACUACGCCAUCGCUAUGGCCUUCCGCUCGCACUCCCGCGUCGUCUACACCUCUCCUAUUAAAGCACUCUCUAAUCAAAAGUACAGAGACUUUAAGAAGGACUUCGGAGAUGUGGGACUUCUCACAGGCGACGUUCAGAUCGACACCGACUCCAAGUGUCUGAUAAUGACGACCGAAAUAUUGCUGCAAAUGUUGUACAACAGGUCGGAAGUGAUCGAUAAGUUAGAGUAUGUGGUGUUCGAUGAGUGCCAUUACGUGAACGAUCCCGAAAGGGGUCACGUCUGGGAAGAAGUGUUCAUUUUGUUGCCACAAGAGUGCAGUUUAGUGUUAUUGUCGGCAACGGUUCCAAAUGUGGUUCAGUUCGCCGAUUGGUUGGGACGCACGCGACGCAAGAAGACAUAUGUGGUGUCCACUUCGAAACGACCCGUUCCUCUACAACACUAUCUAUAUAUGGGA